AUGCCUCCCCCGGUGCGUGCUUCCCCCGGUGCGUACCCUCCCCCGGUGCGUAUCUCCCCCGGUGCGUAUCUCCCCCGGUGCGUACCUCCCCCGGUGCGUACCUCCCCCGGUGCGUACCUCCCCCGGUGCGUACCUCCCCCGGUGCGUACCUUCCCUCGGUGUGUACCUCCCCUCGGUGCGUACCUUCCCCGGUGCGUGUGCCUCCCCCUGGCAUAUACCUCCCCCGGUACAUGGCUCCCCCUGGUGCGUAACUCCCCCCGGUGCGUACCUCCCCCGGUGUAUAUCUCCCCCGGGUACAUACCUCCCUCGGUGCGUGUGUCCACUGGUAUAUGCCUCUCCCUGGUACAUGCCUUCCCCAGUGCGUACCUCCCCUGGUAUAUGCCUCCACUCGGUGCGUACCUCCCACCGGUGCGUGUUUGCCCCGUCUUUGCCCCGGUGCGUACCUCCCCCUGGUACAUGCCUCCCCCGGUGCGUGUUUACCCCGGUGCAUGCUUCCCCGGUGCGUGUUUACCCUGGUAUGUGUUUACCCCGGUGCAUGUUUACACCAGUAUAUACCUACCCUUGGUGUGUCCCUCUCCCCGGACUGUAUCUCCCCCGGUGCAUACCUCCCCCUAG